AUGAUGUUCACCACCCAACUUCUGGCCGUUGGCCUGGCUUUCAUCGAGUUCACUUCCGGACAGAACAUCUCGACCGCUGCGCUCGCUAACCUGGAGCGCUACUGGUCAUAUGGCAGAUCAACACCAGUCUACCCAACGCCCCAGAGCUCAGGCCUCGGCGAAUGGUCGUCGGCCUAUGCUAAAGCCAAGGCUCUGGUGUCGCAGAUGAGCAACUACGAGAAGAAUAACAUCACUUAUGGUCAAGCUUCUACGACCGGCUGCUCUGGUGUUUCUGGCAGUGUCCCCAGACUCGGUUUCCCGGGACUGUGUCUCGCAGACUCUGGCAAUGGUGUUCAUGCUGCUGACGGUGUCAAUGGAUGGCCGAGUGCGAUUCAUGUUGGUGCUGCAUGGAACAGAGAUCUGGCACACGAUCGAGCACUUUACAUGGGCGCUGAGUUCAAGAACAAGGGCGUCAGUGUCGCUCUUGGGCCUGUUGUUGGUCCACUCGGUAAGCUCGCCAAGGGCGGACGCAACUGGGAGGGAUUUUCGAACGACCCAUACCUGGCGGGGAAGCUUGCCUACGAAACUGUGCUCGGUCUCGAGAAGAAUGUGAUGUCAUGCGUCAAGCAUUUCAUUGGUAACGAGCAGGAGACAAACCGCAAUCCACCAAUUCUGAUUCCUACUGCACACAAUCAAUCUCUAUCGUCGAAUAUCGAUCCGAGAACCGAGCAUGAGUUGUAUAUAUGGCCAUUCCAGGACGCCAUCCGGGCUGGAGCUGGUUCGGUCAUGUGCUCGUACAACAGAUACAACAACUCAUAUGGAUGCCAGAACUCCUACAGCCAGAACGGUCUCCUGAAAGGCGAGCUAGGCUUUCAGGGUUUCGUAGUUUCUGACUGGGGCGCACAACACUCCGGGGUUGCCUCAGCAGACGCUGGAUUGGACAUGGCAAUGCCCAGCAGCGCAUACUGGCAGAACGGCAAUCUCAGCAAGGCAGUCACAAACGGCACUCUUGACCAGAGCCGACUUGAUGACAUCGCUGUGCGCAUCGUGUCUACAUGGUACCGCCUCGAAGAAGUCAAUAGCCCCGCUUUCAGCAAUCCCGGCUUUGGUCUGCCAGCGAGUCUCAACGCACCGCACACAUUCAUCGACGCCCGUGACCCAGCAUCUGAGCCGACGAACCUUCAAGGUGCUAUCGAAGGCCAUGUCUUGGUCAAGAAUGUUGCGAAUACACUGCCGCUCAGCAAGCCGAAACUCUUGUCUCUUUUCGGCUACGAUGCCGUAGCUUCCACUCGCAACACUCCCAACUCUGGCACCAAAUGGGGCUUCGGUCUCGAUAAUACUCAGGUAUACUCGGACGGCACUGUGUUCAACGACACCUUCCUGUUCGCCACUUUCCUGAGCUCUGAGCCUGCCGGCACUUCAGGCCCUAGCAUAGCGCUCAACGGCACUGUGCUGACUGGAGGUGGAUCGGGCGCAACUACACCAGCUUAUAUCGAUGCGCCGUUUGAUGCUUUCCAGCGUCAAGCAUAUCAGGAUCGAACACUACUGGAGUGGAACUUCGCGGACUUCAACCUGACCGGCAAGAUCAACCCCGCUAGCGAGCACUGCAUCGUCUUCAUCAAUGCUCAGUCCUCCGAAGGUUGGGACAGAGCGGAUCUGGCUGAUCAGGCUUCCGAUGACUUGGUGAACUACGUCGCUUCGCAGUGCAAUAGCACCAUCGUCGUGAUCCACUCCGCCGGUCUUCGUCUCGUCGAGAACUUCGUCCACAACCCCAACGUCACGGCCAUCAUGUACGCCCAUCUUCCCGGCCAGGACAGCGGGAGAGCUCUCAUCGAGGUCAUGUACGGCAACCAGUCGCCCUCUGGCCGUCUACCUUACACUGUUGCAGCCAAGGCUACAGACUAUGGUAAUUUGGAGGACCCCAUUGUGCCUGUGGGCGUCGAUUACUACACUCAAGACAACUACACCGAGGGCGUGUACAUUGACUACAAGCACUUCAUCGCUCAGAACAUCACACCUCGAUUCGAGUUCGGUUAUGGCCUCACCUACACCACCUUCAGCUACUCCGAUAUCAAGGUCUCCACUGCCAGCAACGCAAGCCUAGCAUACCUCGCUCCCAACAGCACCCUGGCCGAAGGGGGCCUGGCCUCCCUCUGGGACACUGUAGCUACUGUCACUAUCUCUGUGACAAAUACUGGCAGCGUUGAAGCUGCCGAAGUAGCACAGCUCUAUGUUGGCAUUCCAGGUGGUCCUCAAAAGGUCCUCCGUGGCUUCGGUAAGGAGACGCUGAAAGCAGGCGAAUCGUGUACCUUCACGUUCGAGCUCGGCAGACGCGAUCUCUCGACCUGGACUUCGCAGGGUUGGGUGCUGCAGAAGGGCACCUACCAGAUUUAUGUCGGCAAGAGCGUGCUUGAUAUCCAGCUCACAAGCUCAUUGACGAUCUGA